AUUACUUUGUUAAGAAGAAAUUGGCAAAUUGCGCACCAAGUCAGCCACUCUGCCAAAAGGGCCCAAGGCAAUGCGCACCAAAACCAAAUUGUGUGAUCUGGCAACGCUGCAUGUUUGAAUGAGUAGUCAACAUUUCGAAAUUAGCCGAAAAUGGCUAGUGAACUUUGUCAAAAUUCAGAGGCCAUUACUGUACAUUCUACUUUUAAAAUCAAACCCAGUGCAAAAUAUACAUUGUGUGAUGGUGUUGUUACUAUUUUAUCGUUGUUGCUUUAUGUUGCAGACAUCGUCACAGAUAUUAUCUUGGGUGUUAAAUAUCUGAAUGCUGGAUAUUUUGAAUGGGGAAUUUUAACAUUAGUGUUAUCUAUUGUACCAUCUAUUUUAAUACAAUGUAUUAGUCUGCGAUGGUAUAAGGUUGAUCAAACUGCUGUCACUUUACCAAUGGCUCUUUCUCAUUUCUCACUGCUUGGAAUUGUUUAUCGAUAUGCUGACAUUCUAAAUUUGUUAAAAUCUCAACAACGUGCAGAAUCCCAUACCAACAAUCAGACUUUGCAACUGUUGUGUCACUACCAAAGUGAUGUUUGCUUGCUAAGGUUAUUUGAAUCUUUUUUAGAGUCAGCUCCCCAACUCCUACUUCAGUUGUAUGUAAUGCAUGAGCUUGAUUCAUGGCAUCCUUGGACUGGUAUUUCUGCAUUGGGUUCUUUAUUCUCACUUGCUUGGGGUAUAGCGUCAUAUGCCCGAACCAUGCGAAAUUCAAGGGAAGAUAAAGCACGCAUCACAUGGAUAGGUUUGGCUUUGCAAGCUGCAUGGCGAACAGGCACAAUGGUUUCACGGAUCAUGGCCUUGCUUGUAUGUGCUUCUGUUAUUCACUUGUGGUUCUUGCUUGCCAUUACUAUUCAUUGGGUUGGAAUGACGCUUUGGACAAUCAAGCAAAAAACUGAUUUAUGUUCAACAGCUUGGGAAGAAAGAAUUUAUAAUGCUGUAGUUGGUGUUAUUUAUUGUUUUUGUUUCUUCAAUGUUAAGGAAGGACAAUCACGUCAGAGAGCCAUAGUGUUUUACACAGUGACGGCCACGGAAAACGCAGCAUGCGUUGCUAUCUUUCUUCGAUUUUCCCAAGAGCAUACGGAUCGUCUCUGGUUUAAUACAGUCGCUCCCACUUUGAUUGUUGUUGGCUUCUUGUUAGGUCAUACCAGUCAACUAGUAUAUUACCGUUGGUUUCAUCCUUCCGGUCCAAUUAAAUUUCAGUCCUCGUCAGUUGCUUCUCGCAUAGAAGAGAAUACUCGACAAGAAAGAGAUACCCCCGAAGAACAACCCGCCCUUAGUUUCAGCCCUGUUUUCACAAUAAGAACGCUCAAGCAUAUGAAUCGCAAAUUCUCAGGUGUCAGUUUGGCUUCGGCUGUUAUAGAACCUGUAGCAGUGGUUACGGCUAAAAUAGAAUCCGAAAUACCGCUUGAGAAUAACAAUCCAUCUCAAGGCAAUCAGCCGUGCACAGAGAAAAUAGAAAUACACGAAUUGCAGGAUCCAUUGACCAUGGAAUCUGCUGGUCGUCGAACAGGAAAGUCUAUUUCCGAUUCGCGACUGCUGGAAGUCACUUCCGUUGCAGAUGACGCUCCAAUGCUUAAGACCAAAUCAGAAGGACAUCUUCAAGUUUGGAAUUGGUCGUGCUCUAAUAAAGCUAUGCCAUCGCAGUCAUUUCUUUUCGUAAACGAGUUCGAUUCAAAAAGCGAAACUUCGAACACCUCAGUUCACGAUUAUGAAAACAUGGUUGUUCUUAAUGUUAACCGCACUGAUUGGGGCAUCCGUCAUUGGAAAAGUUAUUCGGACAUUGAAACAAGCUUUCACGAUAAUAGCGUUUGCAAGGAAAGAGAUCCGCUGGAAUCAUCCAUAACUUCAGCGUCGUCGAAUGAUUCAAGUCGCUUCUUGCCUUCCGGUAAAUUAAGUAUAGAAGACGCUAUUGCGCAAUUAAAAGCUCUAGCUGUUCAUGGCCACAAUGUCUACCAGCAACCGGAUUUGAAUGCAUCCAAGCUUUAUGAUUUCAUAUGGAACAAUGAAAAUGUCAGCACGAUUGCUGGACCGAUUCGAGUUUGUCCUACUUUGGGUCAUAAUCUAAGCAUCAUUACUGAAGUUAGCGAAAGUAAUUCAACGUCGUCCACUAGAUCUAAAAGUUCCCUUGUCCAAACGGUCGAUACUAUUAUGGACAAAAGUGCAUGCGAUGCAUCACUCGAGGACCAACACCUCACAUACGUUGAGAUAAGUUUUCUUUCAAAGCUUUCUGAAUCUUCGGUGGAAUCCGACAUCUCUGUUGAACUUACACCCGAUGGAUCACAAAGCAAACGCCCAGCACGGCGACAGUUUUCAAUCAUUCGCGAUAAAUUUGAAGCGAAACAGUCAAGUGCUGAAAAGCACGAAAUCAAGCUAAACGAAGUCGAAAAGGAAAAUAUUCCUACAGUAUCUUAUUCUUUUUCAAAUCAAUCAGAAGAUUCAGCAAGUCCCGUCCAUAAGUCCGUCCAGUCUCGAAAAAAACAAUCAACAUUAUCUCCUGAAUCUCGCAUUUUCUCACAAUCAGCGUUAAAGCGUUAAUUUCGCAACAAAGAAACUUCGCAAAAAGAAAUUCUUGUUGCCCGAUCCGAUGCUGCUGUAAUCAUAGAAAUAUAUGUAUAUUUUUUAACGAGCUUUUACACCGUGCAUGUGAACUUAAGUCUGGCCCUAAAACUCAUUUUAAACUUCCUUGAAAUGAUGACUGAAAUAUGUUUGUUAUAUUAAUUUAAUCCAAUUGAAAGAAUGGAUUGAUGUUUUAAACCUAAACCGUUUAAUUAUUUGAAUACAUUCCUUCCCUUUUA